AUGUUGGGCUUGGAAGCUCGGGCCACAGAUGCACACAACGCGGCACGGUGGCAAACUGUCGAACGGGUGCUUUGUGGCGACGGCGACGACCUGAAGCUGGGCGCCCGCCGCACCGCCCUGCGGGAGCUCCGCGAGGAGAGUGGCAUUUGCCUUCCCGACACCGUGGAUCUCAUGGAGCUCCGUGUGGCCCCAGGAGCCUACUGGGGAGAGAACACGCAUUUCAACUUCGCCUUUGUCUUUUCGGCGCGUCCUGAAGUCACUGGGCCUGAACCGGACUCCGUCCACGAGCUGGUCCACGGUGGAAUGAGGAUUGGAGUGCCUGCUGGCGAUGGGUACCAUGCCUGGGUUCACCUGUCUGAGCUGUUGGCUCAUAAGGAAUUGAUGGCAGCUUGCCGCGAUCCCAUCAUGCAUUUCUUGCAGGAAUAUGGCCAGUCGCCAGUCCCAAAGAUGGACGUGAGGCCCACGGUCACGGUGCGUCCCAGCUCGAAGUUCAACCGUGCAAGGACUGAGGGCCUCCGGUAUCCUGCCUUCCCUCCGCCGAAGCCAUCCAGGCAACCUCCUGAGCUUGAGGCUGAGGUGCCGGCCAAGAGACCACGAGGUUCUUUGGCUCGGGCAUAUGACCCUUGA